GGAGACGGGACGUUAGCGUUACAAAGCGAGGUGUACAGAAGAAGAAGAAGAAGGCCGACUGUACCCGCAACCGGGCCUGUCGUCUGCAGGAAAGAGAGUGCAAAAGGUGCUGGUAAAGUUAUGUUGCGCUUAACGUACUCCCUCAGAGCGGCCCUGCCCACUCUGCUGGCCAGAAAUGUACCCAGGAAAAUACACCACCGCUACCUCUCAGCUAUGGUAUUAAGCGCCAAAAGGAAAGGCAGAUCCCAAGGGGUACCAGUGGAGGCUUUCAACCGAGUAGCAUGGACACUUACUUCUCCAGUUUCCAGAGGAUAUGCAUCAGAUGCAGACCUUCCACCUCACAUCAAGGUCAACCUCCCAGCCCUCUCUCCUACCAUGGAAAUGGGUACUAUAAUAUCUUGGGAGAAGAAAGAAGGAGAUGUUUUAAAUGAAGGUGAUUUAUUGGCUGAGAUUGAGACAGAUAAAGCCACCAUGGGGAUGGAGACACCCGAGGAGGGAGUUCUGGCCAAAAUUUUGGUUGCUGCUGGAGAAAAAGAUGUGCCUCUUGGCAAGCUGUUGUGCAUCAUUGUGAGUGAUGAGAAGGAUGUAGCUGCUUUCAAGGAUUACAAGGCACCAGAGGAACCCAGUUCUACUGAUGCUGCUGCACCACCACCAUCACUAUCACCAACACCUGCUUCUGCUGCUGCACCACCACCAACACCAGUUGCUGCUGCACCACCAACACCACUUCCUGCUACAUCACCAACACCACAUCUUACUGCCUCAGGCACUGCCCCUGGACGUCUUGUCUUUGCCUCUCCUUAUGCAAAGAAGAUUGCUGGUGAACAUAAUGUUGACUUGUCGAGUGUGGCACAGCUGUCUGGUAUGGGACACAGCACUGCAGACUGGCUUCGUGCUGCUGACAUUGAGAAGUUUGCAUCUCAGGCUGCUGGCAUUGGUGCUCAACAGGUUGUGGCUGUGCCAGCAGAACAGGUUGGCUAUACUGACUUACCAAUCACCAACAUACGUAACGUCAUAGCCAAGAGGCUCUGCAUGUCCAAGCAGACCAUCCCCCACUAUUACUUGAGCAUAGAUGUCUGUAUGGAUGCUGUUACCCAGCUAAGACAAGAUUUCAACCAGCUGCUCGACCAAGAGGGAGUGCGUCUCUCCUUCAAUGACUUUAUCAUAAAGGCCUCAGCCCUGGCCUGCUGCAAAGUACCUGAGGCUAACUCCUCAUGGAUGGACACUGUGAUCAGACACUAUGAUAAUGUGGAUGUAAGUGUUGCCGUCAGUACUGAGCGGGGACUUAUUACUCCAAUUAUAUUCCGAGCUGAACAGAAGGGGCUGGCCACCAUCUCUGCUGACAUGAAGAAUCUUGCUGCUCGUGCCAGAGAAGGAAAACUACAGCCACAUGAAUUUCAGGGAGGCACUUUCUCUGUGUCCAACCUUGGCAUGAUGGGUGUGAAAAAUUUCAGUGCUAUCAUCAACCCACCUCAGUCAUGCAUUCUAGCAGUAGGAGGCACAGAGCGACGGCUGGUAGCAGAUGAAACAAUGGAGAAAGGGUUCCGUGUGGCCCAGGUGAUGACAGUAACGCUAAGUUGUGAUCACCGGACAGUGGACGGAGCAGUAGGAGCUCAGUGGUUGGCUGCCUUCAAGAGAUUCCUUGAGUAUCCAUCCACUAUGAUACUGUAACUAUUAAGAUGUACAACAUGUAGCCAGGCAGGCAGAGAGACGUCAAAAAAUGUUAGGAAGAUGAUUGGAUUAGAGGUUGUGCACAAUUCAGUCUCCUGCUCAUGUACACACACACACACACACACACACACACACACACACACACACACACACACACACACACACACACACAAGCAUAAAGCAUAAAG